GGGAGCGCGGGGCAGUGGCGGGAAAGGCGCCCCGCGCUGAGGGGAGCGCGGCCGCCGCCAUGUCCCAGGCAGACCCCGAGCUGCUCCUGCGGGAGCUGGACGGCUGGGACUGGGAGCUCUGCCGCCGGGAGCUGCCCGCCGUGCUGCCCCGGCUCCUGUCAAUGUAUGAAGAGUCUGAGGACUGGACGGAGCAUAUUCGUAUUUUGAGGAUCUUGACUGAAAUGUUUUUGCCGCAUAUCAGCCUUGAAGAUGUGGAACGAAUUUUUUUCUCAAAAGUAUUACCUAAGACUCUACAGUUCUUUGAUAACUUGAUGUGUGAAUUAUCCAGCAAGGCCAAAGGACUGACCAGCCAGAGUACAGAGUUAUGCAGUACUGUAAGGAAUCUGCUACAGACGGUGGUGCAGCUGCUGGAGACGCUGACAGGCUGUGUGCGCUAUGUGUGCUCGGUGCAGGAGCUGUCCCUGCAGAGCAUCCGCUCCCUCCCUUCCUCCGUCCUCUGUGUGGUGAAGAGCACCUUCACUCACUGCAAGGACAGUGAAUCAGUGUACUAUGGGCACCUGCACUUAGUUUCUGACCUCCUACAAUCCAUGUUCAAGGAAACUUACUCCCUUCAGAAACAGCUGAUGGAACUGGUUGAUCUGAUUUCCAUAGGCUCUGCUUCCAGUGAAGAUGACAUCACAUAUAUGGUGUCAGUAAUCCACACUGUGCUGGAGAUCUGCUCUGUCAUUUCCAAUAUGGACCACGCUCUUCAUGCCAAUACAUGGAAGUUCAUAAUCAAGCAAAGCCUGAAGCAUCGCUCCCUGCUGCAGUGCCACCUAAAGCACAGUGACAUCCUCAGUGGCCUGUGCAAUGACAUUCUUCUUUCUUUUGACUCCUGCUUGCAGCUGGCUGAGCAAAUGAAGGUGUCAGAAAUACAGGAGGGCACUGACUUCAGGCUGUUCCAGAAGACAGUGAAACUGUGCAGAUUCUUUGCUAACUCACUUGUACACUACACCAAGGAAUUUCUUGCCUGCCUCUCUGAUUCCUGUUCUCAGUUACAUCAGCUCUUUCUUCAGAUAUACAGCAAAUUUCCUCCCAGUCUUUAUGCUCCAGAGAUCUUGGAAGUUCAUCAAGAUGAAAUAUCCCAGGUUUUUCUUGUGGCUCUGGACCCUCUCAUCACCCAGCUCCUUCCCUUUAGUCCUUUCAUGGAACGAGUGUUAAGUGAAAAUUUAGGUCUCCCUCCUGAGCAGCAGCUGUCCCAGUGUCUCCUCCUGCUUACCAUAAUGGACAAGCUGUCAUCUCAGCCAGAAGAAGUGCAAACUCUCUGGAACACAGGAAAAAGCCUGUCGUUGUUUUCAGCUCUCUUCCUCAGUUUCCAGCAAUGUUGUGGAGAGCUUUCUCUCCCUGUGUGUUUGCCACAGGUGGUCAGUACUGGACAGCCAGCAGUUCCCAUCACCCUCUAUCACUAUGUCUGUGUCCACCUGUGCUCCUUCAUUGCUUCCACACUCCCAUCACACUUCCCUCAGCUGGAGUGUGCCCUGCUGGAUGCUGUGCUGGGUUCCAGUAUGAUCACGUCUCUGCUAGCAAUGGACGCAUGGUGCUUCCUUGCCCGGUAUGGAACAGCUGAGCUGUGUGCUCACCACGUUAAUGUGAUUGCCCACUUGGUAAAGGCUUGGCCCAGUGACUGCUGCCAGCUCCCUGCCCUGGGUGUGCUGCUGAAGCGAAUGCUGUUCCUGAUGGCUCCAGAGCAUCAGGUAGAAUUUGCUCAUGAGUUUCCUCCUGAAGAGGAUGAGAACUUGGCUGUGUGGCAGCACGUGUCUCUCAGAGCCCUGAAUCCUGACCUUAGGGCACAAGUGGCGUCUCAGCUGUGCUCGGCAGGGCUCGCGCGGUGCCGGCAGUGGCUGAGCAGCAGCCGUGCCUUGGGAGGGCUCCCACCUGUGAACACUGCCCUUUCUGUCCUGCUGGCUGCCUGCAAUUCUGCUGAUGCUACUCUGGAGGCAGAAUUUAAGACAUCUGUCUUGGAAAUGCUCAGUCAGUUCUGGUCUUUUCUCCAGGUUAAGCAGGUCUCAGAUGAGCCAUGUCUCCAGAAGACACUGUGUUUAUUGCUUCACCUUUUGGAAUUUUUCAUCCAAGCAUUAGAUGCUCAACUGAUGACCCAGGUAUUUGCACUGCAGUCAUCCCUGCUCCAGCUGCAUCCCCCGGAUCAUGUCCGUCUAGCAAUGGUGGAUUUUCUGUCUUCCAUGGGAAAGGUGUUUAUUCCACAAGAAGCACAGAGGCAGGUUGUGCCCCAGCUGUCCUGUCUGUUUGCCUCUCUGCUGGCUGACCAGACCUGGCUGAUUCACCAGCACGCACUGGAGGCAUUCACACAUUUUGCAGAGGAAACAAGACAUGAAGAUGUUGUUCCUUGGUGCCUUAAUUCUGAAGAAGUUAAGAACAAAGUUGUUAAUUUUCUGGCUAAGACAAGGCAGGUGGAAGAGACAAGAGAAGCACGAACAGAACGCCUGAAGCAAGAAAGGAUUACCUGGAGUGCACAGGUUUUGAAAGUGGAUGGAGAAUUGGAGUCAACAGGAGAGCCUGUGGCCAAAAGAGCCUGUCACCCCCCCUCUGAGGAGCAGUACAAGGCAGCAGUAGGCACGAUGGAGGGAGCAGUGGAGGCUGUGAAGCUGCUGCUCCAGAAAGGGUCCCCUCCAGGCUGGCUUGCAGUGAAGCUGGAGGCUCUGCACGCAGCCAUAGCCACCCUCAGGGACAGCGUGCGGUAGGUGCUCCACAGGGCUUGGGGACAACGGCCCAGCUCAGCUCCCUGGUGGGAGGGAGGAGGUGCCUUUGUGCCAGGAGCGCUGCAGAAGAAAAAGCUGUGACAUGGGGCAGUGCUCUACAGUACUGCUGGCUCUUGGUUUGUGUGCCAGGAUGGACUGAGGGGUGCAGUGCCAGCCUCUCCUGCAUAGCCUGAUGGGUUUGAGUGGACACUGCUGGACAUCAGAGCUGUGGGUUUGUGUAUUGCUUGUUCUUUUACUGCGUGGAGAUAAACGUUCCAUGACAUUGUAUUCUGAAUACUGAGAGGUUUGAAUCUGUUGUCAAAGUAGCAGUGACCUUGUUCCUAUCACAUGCAGGUACUCCACACUAGGGUAAUCCUUUAAAAAUAAUCUUUAUUGGUCAGAAAGAACAUGGUGCUUAAGCAGUUUGUGGUCGUUCACUGUAUGGUUCCUAGCACCUCUUGUGCCAUCCACUGACAACUAUACAAACAGAAAUAAAUAAGUUGAAUAAACUGUA